UCGUGCGGGCUGUUGUCAAAGCUAGCUAUAUUUUACAUUUGCUAGUACCAAGGUCUUUAUUGGUAAUUUAAAAGUGAAGCGGUGACGAUAAGGGAAUAUAUAGAGCGGAAAGUGAAGUUGGUCCACAUUUUAACGCUGACUGCAGAAACUGUUGUUAAUCCCACCACUCCUCAUAGGCUAUCAAGAACAUCGCAAUGUAGGCCUUCACCCAUGGUGAAUAAGUAUCCAAACAGAAGGCGCUCCAAGUCACGUGAACAGUGUAAGCUGGCAGAAAACAUCUGAUGAGGUCGAUCAUUUUGGUGAAGUAUAUUUUAUAUUGCGGGAGGCAUUUUCCUUGACAACAUGGCAGUGGUAGUGCAUGAGCUGGAUGUACCGCGCCGAAAUAACUGCUGUUCGGCUGAGUUUGCCUGUCCGCACUUCACGCUUGAACACGACAAUCCCGUGUUGUUUCUACAACCUCAGGUGAGAAAGUUCCACAUCUCAUAUGUAAUCUACCGUUGCCUGGCGGCUUUGUAUUUCAUCAUCAUCUUCAUCUAUAACGUCUCUACGUACGAGCAUGGCGCCAAAUACCUCAUCUUUAUCUCCAACUGGUCGUACAUUACUCUGACCUUGCACCUGGUGAUACUGGCUCUUACCUCCACGACAUCGUAUCUCAAGUUUAAAAGAGAAGCAGGCUAUCAAGAACAUCGCAAUGUAGGCCUUCACCCAUGGUGA